GAAAAAUAAAGUUUUCCAAAGCGUAUACUAAUUGACUCCACGGCGGCGGUGGCGGGGUUCACAUCAGCGGCGAUCCUUCUGCGGGAAAACCGGAAAAGUAAUAGAAAGUUCCACGAGAUGAAUCCAACGGGCAGAUUGUAGUCAAUUCGCGCCUUCACGUCGAUCUUACUCGUGCGACUACUCGAUCCUAUGGUUCCACGAUGAACCGAACGCGCCGUAGCCUCUCUCGCCCAGUUCGGUCGUUUUGUUGGCUCGCUCGAAUGCAGCAAUCUCUCUCUCCCUGCACCCGCCCAAAAGAAUUUUGACGGAAAGGAAGAUCUUUGUCGGAGUCGUGUCAGAUCUGCCGGGAGCGGUCGAAUCUCGUCGGCUUUAAUUGAGAAAACUCGCGACGUCAAAUGCUCGAGCAGUGGACAGAAUCGCCAUAAUAAUCCAGCUGAGAGGAGAGGAGGUCGAUGAUGGAUCCGGCGUCGAUUCGGGUUCCGUACAAGAACCUGAGCAAGGAUGAGGAGGUGGAAAUGGCGAGCAUGGAUGACCUCGACCUGCAACCGAAUCAGCGGAUCGAUUUGGAUUCUCCCGUUCAUCGAUCGUCGAAAAUGACUCCUGAUGGCGCCGACUCCACCGAAGUCAGAUCACAGGCGCCUAAGCAUUGUAGCUUGGUUACUCUUGUUCUUAGCUGUACGGUCGCCGCCGGGGUUCAGUUUGGUUGGGCGCUGCAGCUAUCUCUCCUGACUCCAUAUAUUCAGCAGACACUUGGAAUAGAGCAUGCUUUCUCAUCGUUCAUUUGGCUCUGUGGCCCUAUCACAGGCCUUGUGGUGCAACCUUGUGUUGGUAUAUGGAGUGAUAAGUGCACCUCAAAAUAUGGAAGGAGACGACCUUACAUUCUUUCAGGAUCACUAAUGAUCUCCAUUGCCGUGAUAAUUAUCGGAUUUUCUGCAGACAUAGGGUAUUUGUUAGGCGAUACCAAGGAGCAUUGCAGUACAUUCAAAGGAACUCGAACUGGGGCAGCAAUUGUCUUCAUUAUUGGUUUCUGGAUGCUGGAUCUUGCUAAUAAUACAGUUCAGGGACCAGCUCGAGCUCUUUUGGCUGACUUAUCAGGCCCUGAUCAACGCAACACAUCAAAUGCAAUUUUUUGUUUGUGGAUGGCUGUUGGAAAUAUUCUAGGAUUUUCUGCUGGUGCUAGUGGUAGUUGGAACAGCAGGUGGUUUCCUUUUCUGAUGAGUAGAGCUUGUUGCGAAGCUUGUGGAAAUCUCAAAGCAGCAUUUCUUGUAGCAGUGGUGUUCCUCACCCUCUGCACACUUGUUACCCUUUAUUUCGCUGAUGAAGUCCCACUCAGUGCAAGUCAACCUCGUGGAUCAGCGGAUUAUGCUCCAUUAUUGCGCAGUCCUAAACAGAAUGGCAUUGAACUAUCAAAAUUCGAUUCUGAUAAUAAACACAUAGGGAAUCCUAUUGCGAACAAUACAGGAAAUGGGUAUGAGAAGAACUAUAUUCAUAAUAAUGUUGAACAUGUGGAUGGAGCGAGUGAAAGUUUUGAUGACGGCCCUGGAGCAGUUCUCGUCAAAUUGUUGACCAGUUUGAGGCAUUUACCCCCUGGGAUGCAUGCAGUACUUGUUGUUAUGGCUCUUACUUGGUUAUCCUGGUUCCCCUUCUUUCUUUUCGACACUGACUGGAUGGGCAGAGAAGUUUAUCAUGGAGAUCCAAAGGGGGAUGCCGUUGUGAUUAAUUUGUAUGAUCAAGGUGUCAGAGAAGGUGCAUUUGGUUUGCUAUUGAACUCUGUUGUUCUUGGUAUCAGUUCUUUCCUCAUCGAACCAAUGUGUCAGAAGAUGGGGGCAAGACUUGUAUGGGCAAUGAGCAAUUUCAUUGUCUUUGUCUGCAUGGCCAGUACUUCCGUCAUUAGCAUGAUAUCUCUGAGUGAAUAUUCCAGAGGGAUUGAACAUGUCAUUGGAGGGAAUUCUUCGAUCAAGAUAGCUUCCUUGGUUGUUUUUGCUCUUCUCGGAUUUCCUCUUGCUAUAACGUUGAGCGUCCCUUUCUCAGUCACAGCUCAGUUGACAGCUGAUUCUGGUGGUGGCCAAGGACUGGCCAUCGGAGUUCUCAAUCUCGCAAUUGUUGUUCCUCAGAUGAUCGUAUCCCUUGGUGCGGGUCCAUGGGACGCAUUAUUUGGUGGAGGCAACAUACCUGCCUUUGUCCUUGCUUCGGUAGCCUCGUUCGCAGCUGGUGUGAUCGCAACUCUCAAGCUGCCAAAUCUUGCGGAUUCUUUCCAGUCAACCGGUAUGCAUUUUGGCUAGAAAAACUGAAACAAGGUAUGUGCAUUUUGUACAGGAUCACCUGCAUGUUUUUGACAAGGAAAGAUACAAAUUCCAGUUCCAGAGGAACGAUGUUCCUUCUUACGGACAAGGGUAAGGCAGACUGAUAUGCUUCUGUAAUUUGAGUAUAUACAACUCGCAUUCGUUCAUUCUUUUAAUGGCCCAUCACUUCACGUCGUCACCUAAUUCUUCAAGAUGUAAAAAUCAGCAAAAAGUUUCAAUACAAGAGCGUAUACAGUCAUUACUUGUACCAAUGUAUUAUUAUUGGUUAGUAGAGUUAUGCAGUGGGGAUUUGGAGAUGUCAAAGUGUUGCAACAAACAAUCCAGUCAAAAGCGUCUCG